GAAUCUGAGCGGGGGAAGAGAGCAAGUAAAGGUUCACCGUUACUUUCCGGCCACACUCACUUUUAACCUCAACAGACGGAUUUACCUUCAAUCUUCAUUUGUCUUUCACACCUCGUGGGUCUUGUGGUCCACAGGAAGCCUAAAGAACUACAAUCUGUUCAGAGUUUUUUAACUGUCUGGAUCCAAACUUCAAUUUCUGGACUUGAAAAUAGAAAAGUUUGUUUUUAAAUCAUCAGUUGUUUGUGAGGGAUUAUUGUUUUGCCUGUCAUGGGGUCUGGGAAGGAGCUGCUCCUUUACGUUGUGCUGUGUUUGCUGGAGAAAUGUGCCUCUGAAUGUCCCCUUGGUUUCAACUUACAAGACGACGAAUGUACCGACAAUAAUGAGUGCGCAGGUCACCCAGAUCCAUGUGGGAAAUACACAAAGUGCAUCAACACGAAUGGAAGCUUCUACUGUCAUUGUCUGGAAGGAUACAGUAACAUCAGAGGAGCCGUUAACUUCACAGGGCUGGAUGGACAGUGUCAAGACAUCAACGAGUGCAGCGUUCCUAAUAAAUGCGGUCAUGGUGCAAAUUGUACGAACACGAUUGGGGGAUUCAAGUGCACCUGCCGUCUUGGGUACGCCAACAGCUCUGUUGGCUGCGUGGACAUCAAUGAAUGCAACGAAGCUGUAGUAAGGAGUGAAGAAAUCUGUGGAGCAAACGGGACCUGUAAAAAUCUCAAUGGGACUUACUGGUGCAAAUGUGACAAAGGAUUCACUAGCUUUGGCAAUGACAGGACCCCAUGCUCCGCGCUCGACUGUAACACCUUCAGUGCGGACAUUCUGCCCUCACAGUCGCUCGGAGGCCUGGCAGACAUUUUGUCCAUGAUGAGAAACAGCUGCUUGGCUCUGUCCAACCCGACUACCGCUAGUGGAGGGAGGUCAGAUGGAGAGGCUCUCCUGGAGAAACUCUUCACAGCGACUGACGCCAUCCUGUCCCCGGAUCAGCUGGAAAGCAGCGAGGACGUGAGCGGACUGCUGGGAGCUGUGGAGAACUCCAUUAGAGUAAUUGGCCCACAGCUCAAACGCAACCGCACCAGGAUAGAGACCAACAAGACAGACGCAGAGAUUGCAGUGCAAAGGGGACAGACUCAACCCACAGGACCCGUCCAUCUGAGCAGUGAGAACGCUAGUCUAGACACUGAUUGGUCAACAGCUGCUGGGGCAGGAGCAUACCCUGGUUUUGCUAUGGCCGCAUUAUUGAGCUACAAGAACCUGGAGCGGUCUGUGAACGGCUCCUUUGAGGAGCUCUCAGGACUUAAGAAAAAUGGCGUUGAUCCCUUGUUUCAGAUCUUCUCCAGAGUGGUGUCGGUCGUGGUCUCCAACCCUUCCCCCCAGAACCUGAGCCGCCCCGUUAACAUCACCCUCAGACAUCUGGGCACAGAGGAGUCCUCUGAGGUGAGCUACGUCUGUGCAUACUGGAGUGAGAGAGGAGCCUGGUCCACAGAUGGUUGCUAUCAGCAGCAGUCGAACACCUCACACACCACGUGUACAUGUGAGCACCUCAGCAGCUUUGCAGUGCUCAUGGCACGCUACCCUAUGAAGCACACCUUUGGCCUCCAGCUGAUGACCAAGAUAGGGCUGAUCAUCUCCCUGCUGUGCCUCAUCCUCUGCAUCCUCACGUUCAAGUUCUGCCGCUCCAUACAAGGGACCCGAACCACCAUCCACCUCCACCUCUGCGUCUGCCUCUUCCUGGCUGACCUCAUGUUCCUGGCUGGCAUCUCACAAACUCAACCUGUGGCCGGCUGCAGGUUUGUUGCCGCCAUGCUCCAUUUCUUCUUCUUGGGGGUGUUCACCUGGAUGCUGUUGGAGGGGGUGCAGCUGUACCGCAUGGUAGUCCUGGUGUUUAAUGCCACCAUCCGGCCCCUGUAUUUAUACCUGACCGGUUACGGAGCGCCUCUUGUUAUCCUCAUUAUAUCUGCCAUCAUUAGGCCAGGGGGAUACGGCACUGACGAGCACUGCUGGCUGUCUCUGAAUGACGGCCUCAUCUGGAGCUUCUUCGGCCCCGUGUGCUUCAUCAUCAUCCUUAACAUCUUCUUCUUCAUCAUCACUGUUUGGAAGCUCGCCCAGAAGUUCACCAGCCUCAACCCAGACCUCUCCAAACUACACAAAAUCAGAGCUUUCACAGUGACAGCUAUCGCCCAGAUGUGUAUACUGGGUCUGAUGUGGGUGUUCGGGGCCUUCCUGUUUGAACAGGGCCCCAUAGUGGUGGCGUAUAUCUUCACUAUCCUGAACAGCCUGCAGGGGGCGCUGGUCUUCAUCAUGCAUUGUUUGCUGUCUAAACAGGUGAGAGAUGAGUAUGCACACUUCCUGUCCUGCAUCUGCACACCAGAGAAGAAGAGAUACUCAGGCUUCAGCAGUACAAAUCCCUCCAGUAGUCAGUCGCAGGCUUCUCGGAGUGGAAAUAACACAGGAGAAUCCCAGAUAUGAAGAAAUGAUCCACACCAAAGACAUAUGAUCACACCUCUAACCUACCUUGGCUGAGUUAGCCCACAUUUUAAAAGAUUAGAUCACGUCAAAUAAAUAUAAAAUCAGUCAUUUAUUCUCACCCAGAUGUCAGUUAAAACUCUUCUUUUGACUAAAAAAGGACCAAAUAGAUUUUUACAAAUCAAAAACUAUAAACACAUUUAUGUAAGAUUGGCUAAAUUUCAGAGGUUAAUCCUUAAAUAUAGAUUAUUUUUCUCACUCCAAGUGUUCUACAUUUCUCUAACAGUGCAUCAGUUUUGUUUUUUAAUGGCUGAUUCUUUUAUUUAAGUUUGAAGAAAUCCUGAAAAUGUGUAUUUUUCCUGGGAGCAAACAAGAAGAACUUCAAAGAGAAAUUUGAAGACACUUCUGGGCCAUUUUGGGUUUACCAAAACAUAUCACACUCAUAGUAUAAGCUGUAAUGGAGCGAUCUUUUAUUAAAUAUUUAUUUUGGAGUACAGACUUUAUUGUCCACAUUAUGUGGGCUGCAAGAUAAUAUGAGUGAAGCUCUGAGAGUCUGAGCUACAGUUUGUGCUGUAUUUUAUAUAAAGGUGAUAGUGGGUGUGCUCCUAUGUAGUAUUUUUGAUUCCACAUGUUGUAUGUAGGGAUACAGCUUGUUUAAAUGAUGUUAGCGGGCCUCAGUUUCCUCUUAUUAAACAAAAUAAGUGACUUUUUAAAAUCACUUGUGGCUGUUUUUAUCUGACUGCAGUUGAGCUGUGACUUUCCUUACUGGUGCUUUUUUUGAAGAUCUUUUUCUUUUUUUGACGUUAUCAGAAAAGAAACUAGAUGCAGCCUAAAAUAGAUGCUUGGGCACUGUACAAACACAGACGCACCCUUUUGAUAAGCUGCAGCUUCCUGCAAUGAAAUUGUGUUUAUUGGAUAAAAUUCCAUUUGCUUAUUAUCGCUUUCAGCCUCAGUCUCACUGUUGGUGACUGUAAGAUGUUACAUCUGUAAAACAGCUUUUUGGAGGUGAAAUGGGAGUGUUGCAAACUGUAGUUUUUUUUUACUGCACUUUUAGUUUGUUAGAUGAAAAUACAGCACAUCCUCACAUGGGAUACUCAAGGGGAGAACAGUCACUCUUACACAGCCUAUAGUGAACUCAUAAUGAAGCUACCAGUUGUAUAAUUUUGAAGAUUAAAGAAAAUGAUCAGAAAAACAAAAAUGUUGAAAUUUCUAAUCGUUUUAAUUCGACUGGUUCAUCCUGUAAUGUUUAUGUGUUGUUUUAUACGACUCAGCUGUUCCCGGAUUCCGACACGUGGCUGCACUUUUUGGUGACGAUGGAUUAUUCUCGGGAGGAAAAUGUAUUUUCAUGUAAAAAGCUACAUGUAUUAUGCAGCAUUUUGUGAAUGUAAGAAUUGUGUUGUAAGAUAUAUAUAUUAUAUGAUUUUAAA